AUGCUUGCUAAUGACAGGAAUUAUAUUAUUCUGUAUGACAACAAUGAAUGUUGGGCUGGACAGUCAUUUUACCUUCAUCCAUCAAGUAAUGGUUUGAUUUCUGACACAUUAUUAUCUUUAACACCCUAUACCGAUAUAGAAAUUCUUGCCAAAACAGUCGGUAAUUUGCAGUCUUCCUCAUCUGGUAGAUAUGAAAUGAAUUGCACACCAGGAGUGAAUUCUCAUUCUAUCAAUUCAACCGCGAAUAAGUCAAAUACGAAUAACGCCUCACGUGAAGAUUUUUCUCAACAAAAUCGAUUACUUACGGAUAAACCGACGGAUUUUACGUUUUCUGGGCCGAUCCGAUCUUUAGCAUUGUUUAUCUCUUUCGGCAAAAAUGUGACAGAUAAAUGGACUGCUGGGGAAUUCCACAAGAUUGGUUUUCAUUCA